ACUUUGUUGCAAAGAAUGAGGCCCAAGCCCAUAGUUGUCCAAAACUGCGCAAAUAAUAAUAAUAAUAAAAAAAAAGCCGUGGGAAAAAUAUCAUUAGGGUAUUUGCAAACGGUUAUCGUGAGAAGAGUGCUUGUUCUCAGCCAAAGGUUUGAAGUAAUCUACUUGAUUUUCAAGUCAGAGAGAGGAACCUACUACUUUAUUUUGUCAGAGUCUCCGGAGAACAGAUUGGAGAUAGCAGGUGAUGGUGAGAGUAGUUUGAAAUAGGCCAUGAGCUAAAAACCAAUGUGCAUAAUUCAAGCUCGAGACAGUAGAUACACGUGUACCCACUGAUUAUAUGCUUGAUCCCUCUGAAUUUACAAGAUGACGAGGACUUCUGUAUCACUCCCAAAAAGUAUUUGCUAGAACUUUGGAAUUCAAAAAGAACAAAUACAAUUUUGGAGUCCAGCACUUAUUUCAACUUGUGCUUGUUGAUUGAUCAGAGCCUUAGUAUUUCAGAUUCUCUGAGUCAGAGGAAAUGGAUUUAGAAGAGAUUGAGGAAGAGGAGUUUGGGUUCUCGAGAAACUAUUUCCUUGCUAAAGAAUUGGGCUCUUCGAAGAAAAAAUCUGCUCGGAAGCUCUCAGAAAUCGAUCUGGUUGACGAGGAGGAAUUAAGAGAGGUGGCAGCUAAUAUUGAGCCCAAACAUGAGAAAGAAGUUAAUGAUUUGAUCAGUAGCUACAAAAGUUUGUAUUCAAAAUGGCUUUUAGUGCUAAGGUCCGGCUUUGCACUUUUGAUGUAUGGCUUCGGUUCAAAGAAAGCUUUGAUUGAAGAUUUUGCCACAACAUCUUUAACUGAUUACUCUGUCGUUGUCGUCAAUGGGUAUCUCCAGUCUGUAAAUCUUAAACAGAUGGUGAUAACACUGGCUGAGCUCCUCUGGGAUCAAUUAAAAUUGCGACGAAAGACUACCUCAGGAAGUCUGUCUAAAAGCCAACAACCAUUUAACACCAGGUCCAUGGCUGACCUUCUUGCUUUUCUAGACAGACCAGACCUAGAAGUUGAGGAGUGUUUUGUUUGCAUUCUUGUUCACAACAUUGAUGGUCCUGGAUUACGUGAUUCUGACAGCCAGCAAUGUCUUGCGAGCGUUGCUGCUUGUUCUCAUGUUCGUAUGGUUGCUUCCAUUGACCAUGUCAAUGCUCCUCUUUUGUGGGACAAGAAGAUGGUUCAUACACUGUUUGACUGGUACUGGUGCCAUGUUCCUACUUGUGCUCCAUACAAGGUUGAAGCAACGUUUUUUCCAUUCAUCCUCGCUCAUGGGGGCACUGCGCAAAGUGUGAAGACAGCUUCAAUUGUCUUACAGAGUCUGACACCAAAUGCUCAAAACGUUUUUAAAGUUCUUGCGGAGCAUCAAUUGGCCCAUCCUGAUGAAGAAGGUAUGCCAAUCAAUAAUUUGUACACGACGUGCCGAGAACGGUUCCUGGUGAGCAGUCAAGUUACUUUGAAUUCACAUUUGACAGAAUUUAAAGACCAUGAGUUGAUCAAAACCAAAAGAAAUUCUGAUGGUCAAGAUUGCUUGUGUAUUUCUCUUACAAAUGAAGCCCUUCAGAAACUUAUAGCAGAAAUCAUUUCAUAGAGUCUCUAAUACAAGAGAAAUUACUCAGCAGUAAGUUUAAAGCAGAGGCAUGUUUUAUGUAUGGCGAAAAUUCAUGUGUAAAAAGUGCAUCUUUUAGGACUAUUAUCUUGUGCGUAAGAAUUGGCCUGGUCAUCAGCUGGCUUUUACUCAACAUGUUAGGAUAUCUGUUAAAUAUGGAAAACCUAUCAAGAAUCUUACAGAGGGAGCAAUAGACACUGCACUCCACGAUUUCCUGAUUUUAGGUGUAUACUGUUUUGUGGUGUUUGGAUCCUCAUGUAAUUUCUGUUGACCAUCUUAUUUGGUGAUUCAGCUUUCUAAAAAGGCUAAUCUGCUUGGAGCA